UAGUCCAACCGCGUCCCGGAAGCUCCUGGAAUGGGACCGUUGAGAGACGGUCUGUUCCACCAGGGCCAGGGCGCGAGGGGGGGAAGGCCGGUCUGUACGCGAGAACCGUGAGGCCCUGUGCGCGCGAGGACCGGAAUCUCGGCCGUGGCUGGUGAGGUCGGCCAGGCCCAGCGGGACCGCAGGGACUGACCUGUGCCUAGAUCCCAUCGUGGCACGCGGAGCCUGCCGCGAGUCCCUGGCGUCCUCUCCGGCGCGCUUUUGGAGCCACUUUCCCGAGCGGAAGUCAGCUUGCGGCUCGGGCUCUGCAGGGACCUGCUCGGAGGAAUGGCGCUGCCGGGUUCAAGCACUGUCUUCCUGUUGGCCCUGACAAUCAUAGCCAGCACCCAGGCUCUGACACCCACUCACUACCUCACCAAACAUGAUGUGGAGAGACUGAAAGCCUCACUGGACCGCCCUUUCACAAGUUUGGAAUCUGCCUUCUACUCCAUUGUGGGACUCAGCAGUCUUGGUGCACAAGUGCCAGAUGUAAAGAAAGCAUGCACCUUCAUUAAAUCUAACCUUGAUCCCAGCAAUGUGGAUUCCCUCUUCUACGCCGCCCAGUCCAGCCAGGUCCUUUCAGGGUGUGAGAUCUCUAUUUCAAAUGAGACCAAAGAUCUGCUUCUGGCAGCUGUCAGUGAAGACUCGUCUGUUACCCAGAUCUACCAUGCAGUUGCGGCCCUAAGUGGCUUUGGCCUUCCCUUGGCAUCCCAAGAAGCACUCGGUGCCCUUACCGCUCGUCUCGCCAAGGAAGAGACUGUGCUAGCGACAGUUCAGGCUCUGCAAACAGCAUCCCAUCUGUCCCAGCAGGCUGACCUGAGGAACAUCGUGGAGGAAAUAGAGGACCUUGUUGCUCGCCUGGAUGAACUGGGGGGUGUGUAUCUCCAGUUUGAAGAAGGCCUGGAAACAACGGCGUUAUUUGUGACUGCCACCUACAAGCUCAUGGACCAUGUGGGGACUGAACCAUCCAUUAAGGAGGAUCAGGUCAUCCAGCUGAUGAACGCAGUCUUCAGCAAGAAGAACUUUGAAUCGCUCUCAGAAGCCUUCAGCGUGGCCUCUGCUGCUGCUGCACUCUCCCAGAAUCGCUACCAUGUUCCAGUUGUGGUUAUACCCGAUGGCUCUGCUUCUGAUAUUCAUGAACAGGCUAUCCUGCGGUUGCAAGUCACCAAUGUUCUGUCCCAGCCUCUGACUCAGGCCACAGUUAAACUAGAACAUGCUAAAUCUGUUGCUUCCAGAGCUACUGUGCUCCAGAAGACAUCUUUCACCCCUGUAGGGGAUGUUUUUGAACUAAACUUCAUGAAUGUCAAAUUUUCCAGUGGUUAUUAUGACUUCUCUGUCAAAGUUGAAGGUGACAACCGUUAUAUUGCAAAUGCUGUAGAGCUCAGAGUCAAGAUCUCCACUGAAGUUGGUAUCACAAAUGUUGAUCUUUCCACUGUGGAUAAGGAUCAGAGCAUUGCACCAAAAACCACCCGGGUGACCUACCCAGCCAAAGCCAAGGGCACAUUCAUUGCAGACAGCCACCAGAACUUCGCCUUGUUCUUCCAGCUGGUAGAUGUGAACACUGGUGCUGAACUCACCCCCCACCAGACAUUCGUCCGACUCCAUAACCAGAAGACUGGCCAGGAAGUGGUGUUUGUUGCUGAACCAGACGUCAAGAACGUAUACAAGUUUGAACUGGACACUUCUGAAAGAAAGAUUGAAUUUGACUCUGCCUCUGGCAUGUAUACUCUCUACUUAAUCAUUGGAGAUGCCACAUUGAAGAACCCAAUCCUCUGGAAUGUGGCUGAUGUGAUCAUCAAGUUCCCUGAGGAAGAAGCUCCAUGGACUGUCCUGUCCCAGAACCUUUUCACCCCGAAACAGGAAAUUCAGCACCUGUUCCGCGAGCCUGAGAAGAGGCCCCCCACAGUGGUGUCUAAUACAUUCACUGCCUUGAUCCUGUCACCCUUGAUCCUGCUCUUUGCUCUGUGGAUCCGGAUCGGUGCCAAUGUCUCCAACUUCACUUUUGCUCCUAGCACGAUUAUCUUUCACGUGGGACAUGCUGCUAUGCUGGGACUCAUGUAUGUCUACUGGACACAGCUCAACAUGUUCCAGACCCUGAAGUACCUGGCCAUUUUGGGCAGUGUGACAUUUCUGGCUGGCAAUCGGAUGCUGGCCCAGCAGGCAGUCAAGAGGAUCGCUGCAGAGCAGAGCAGUAGAUUGGCAAAAUAUAGGACACUACGAACAGCUCAUUAGUUCCAGAAUAAGAUGGAAAUUCUGAAAACUCAAAUGAAUGUCAAGAAAUAGAGUCAAGAACAAUUCACAGUGUGAGGAGAGGAAUGAAAAAAAACUUUAUUUAAAAAGAAAAGAGUCAAGAUUGUGGUUAUACUUUUGCUUGUUGUUUUUCAAUUUCCCCAACAUACAGCAGAUACUUGUGAGCCCAGAUAGUCUGUUCUUUGGCAUGAUGCCCUAGCACGAUGCUGUGAAUAUUCCUAACCUACCCAGAUGUUGCAUUUGAAAAGUUGAAAUCUGUAAUUUAUCUGUUUGAAAUAAAGAGAAUGGUAAUAGGAACAAA